AUUUCGGUUAGCCAAAACUUAUCGUAUUGAAUUUGGCCAAACGACAUAUAUGGCUACGCAAUGAUUUGUUUACUCUUGCACUUACUUCAGUCACUUCCGCGUACACAGACAGGAUGGCCGUUAAGACCCACUUCUGUAAACGUGAUUGGCUCUCGGACGUCUCGGGAAACAUUUUCUAAUUUGUGAUUGGGCGGCUAAGGACAUGUUUUUGAGUGACAUGUAGCCACAAGCCGUCGGAUAUAUAACGAGGACAAGUGCGGCUCAGGAAUCCUCACUGCUAGGAGGCAAGUUAUGAAGGAGAAGAGGGCCUGAACUUAAAUGAAACGCUCUGAAUGCUCCACAUGGAUUCUUCAUGUUGAUCUCUGCUUUUCCCAAGCUGAGUAGAGCAGUGGUGCGUGUGAGGAGACUGGCGGCUCAGCUCAGCAACGCAACCAUGUCCACAAACCACCAGGGCUCCAGUCCGUCCUUUGCAGCCAACGGGGAUGCUCCCACUGCAGCAAUUCUCAUCAUUGGAGAUGAGAUUCUCAAGGGUCACACAGUGGACACCAACAGUGCCUUUCUGACACGAGCACUAAGGAAGCUUGGAGUGUCUGUGCAGCGCAUAACAGUCAUACCAGAUACACAGGAGGUCAUUGCCAAGGAGGUGGCCCUCCUCUCGCCUCAGUAUACACACAUCAUCACCUCAGGGGGCAUAGGCCCCACUCACGACGACGUCACCUUUGAGAGCAUCGCCAUGGCGUUCCAAGAGGACUUACAUCCUCACCCUGAGCUCUCCCAGCUGGUUGAGGAAUUCUUUGGGGUGGUGGAUAAGAACAGUGCUGCUAUGAAGCUUGCCAUGGUGCCUCGCUCAGCCAAACUCAACUACGGAACUGACCCUCAGACCGGACAACCGCAACGCUACCCAGUGGUCAGUGUGCGUAAUGUGUUCAUCUUUCCUGGGAUCCCAUCUCUGAUGGAGAGGGCCUUCAGUGGGCUGGAGCACCUCUUCGCUGGGUCGGGGACCACCUUUCACUCUCGCGAGGUGUUUGUGGAUGCAGAUGAAGCAGAGAUCGCCCCUGUGCUGACCAAACUGCAGGCUGAAUGGGGCCGGAAGGUGGCUCUGGGCUCCUACCCCGACUGGUUGAGCAACUAUCACAGAGUCAGGCUGGUCCUGGACUCAGAUAGCCAGGAGGAGGUGGACAAAGCCCGGGCACAGCUGUUAGACAAGCUGCCCAAGGGUAGCGUGGUGCCCUUAGUGACUGACCCGGUGUCCAUCGCCACUGCUGAGGUGUACACACUGGCCAACAACGGCACACCGCUGGGUGAGAAAGUUAUGUCUGCACUGAAAACGAUAGAGGCUGCACUGGAUCAGUAUUCGACAGAGGAGGUCUGCGUCGGCUUCAACGGGGGCAAAGACUGCACGGCGCUGCUGCAUCUCUACUACGCAGCACUGAAACGACGGUAUCCAGAUGAUAAAGCCAAGGUGAAAGCUCUGUACAUCCGUAUUGUUUCUCCAUUCCCAGAAAUGGAGAGAUUCCUUCAGGACACAACAAAAAGAUACGACCUGGAGCUGUUCUCUGUGGAGGGCAGUAUACGGCAGGCGCUGUGUGAGGUGCAGGAGAGGAGGCCGGACCUCAAAGCCGUCCUGAUGGGGACCAGGAGGAGUGACCCAUACUCACAUACACUCACCCCCAUGUGUCCCACUGAUGCCGGCUGGCCAGACUACAUGAGAGUCAACCCGCUAUUAGACUGGACGUAUCACGACAUCUGGUCGUUCUUGAGGACGUUAUAUGUGCCCUACUGUAUCCUCUAUGAUAAAGGGUACACUUCACUGGGCAGUAUGGACAACACCUGUCGGAACACGUCCCUGCAGGUGGUGGAUGGGAGGGGGGUGAAGCGAUACAAGCCAGCCUACCUCCUGGAGAACGAAGAAGAGGAGCGAAACUCCCGCGCCUGAUGCAGCGUCGCUUCUCACUGUGUCACCUGUUGCUGAUGAAGUCGGAUCUCAGAUCACCCCCUCACUCCACACAUAAAAAACGCAAAACUUAAACCACAACACAGACAUUUCAUCAGGUCGUCAUAUGAAUAUUUGCAGAACAUGUGCAGAGUGAGAUUGCGAAGGAAGUUUGUGUGUGUGCUGUUUGUUUCAGUCUAAAGUAAUGGCUCUCUGUGCUGUUGAAUAAAACAUCAAUCUGU